GGCUUGAAUGUUGGUGGGGUCAGCCAGGCGCUACCCCAGGUGGUACCGCUACCUGCUGAUAGCGGCACAGUGUGAGGCCUUAUCGGUGACGCUACCUUGAGGCUUUGGACCAGGGUUGGGUGUCGCGCGACGGUCUCCAGGCUGAACCGCCUUACGCAGGCGGGAGCUCUGUUACCUCAGCACAUUGACUUCCAGUUGCUUUUCGAAGCUUCAUCUUCAAACCACCCGACAAUUUCACAGCCCAUCUCCCUUUGUCAGUGAUUUACUGAUAAACUACGGCCAAUCCAAUUUUGCUUUUCCUUAUUCAGACAACACCCCAAACCAACUGCCCAACAUGGUGCUCGAGGCGGUCAUGAUCGUGGUGGACAACAGCGAGAGCAGCAGGAACGGCGACUACACACCAACCCGGUUCGAGGCGCAAUGCGAUGCCAUUAACAUCCUCUUCCAGAACGUCAUCCAGGGCAACCCCGAGUCGUCGGUCGGUCUUAUGAGCAUGGGCGGCAAGGGCCCUGAGGUUCUGGCGACUCUUACGGUAGAUCAGGGCAAGAUCCUCGAAGGCUUGCAUCGGACGAAAAAGAACAUCCGUGGAUCCGCUCAUCUUGCGACUGGUAUUCAAGUAGCACAUCUCGCCCUCAAGCACCGACAAAACAAAUCCCAGCGGGCGCGCAUCGUCGUGUUUGUCUGCUCCCCCAUCGAAGACAUCGAGAGCGACCUGGUCAAGCUCGCCAAGAAGAUGAAGAAGGCCAACACGAGUGUCGACUUUGUGCUGUUUGGCGAUAUAGAUGAGGAGAAUCACAAGAAGCUCACGGCGUUCAACGAAAUAGUCAAGGGCAGUGGCCAGGGCUCGCAUCUGGAGGUUAUUCCCCCCAGUUCCAAGCUGCUCAGCGAUCAGCUUCUCGCUACACCCAUUUUGCUUGGAGAGAAUGCCGGUCAAGGCGGUGCCGGCGGUGGUGGCAGUGCUGCCGAGGAAUUCGAGUUCGGCGUCGACCCGUCCGCUGACCCAGAGUUGGCGCUGGCUCUGCGUAUGAGUAUGGAAGAGGAAAAGGCCCGGCAGGAGAGGGCAGCUCGUGCCGAGGCGGAGGCUGCUGGUCAGAACACGUUGGAGACUGUCAAGGAAGAGAACGAGUCAACACCUCUGCUGGGCAAAGACGGAGAGCCUAGUGGCAACAAGAAGGAUGAUGAUAAGAUGGACACCUCUUAGUAACAGGGCACCAAUGGCUUCGAAUCGCGCUCGGAAUGUGUGAUGGCACACGAUAUCAACUCUUCCCAAAGAAUCAGCGGCUAUGCCCCCA